AUGGGCGAAAGACGCGUGCCCUUCUCCUACAUGCGCCACCCCAGCUGGGACCCCUACCGCGACUGGCACCACGGCAGCCGGCUCUUCGACCAGUCCUUCGGCAUGCCCGCCCUGAUGGACGACUGGUACCCGCACCCCAGCGGGCACUGGCCCGGGUACCUGGCCUCCGGGGUCUCCAGCGGCGCGCUCAUGCCCGCCUACGCCCGGGCCAUGUCCCGCGGCAUGUCCGAGAUCCGCAACACCCAGAACCUGUGGAAGGUCACCCUGGACGUCAACCACUUUUCCCCCGAGGAGCUGGUGGUGAAGGCCCGGGACGGCAUGGUGGAGAUCUCCGGGACCCAUGAGGAGAAACGGGAUGAGCAUGGUUAUGUGUCCAGAUGCUUCACCAGGAAAUACACCCUGCCCCCUGGUGCCGAUGGCGAGAAGGUGACCUCCUCCCUGUCUCCCGAGGGGCUCCUGGUGGUGGAGGCCCCCAUGCCCAAGUCCGAGAACCCCGGAGGCGAGGUCAGCAUCCCUGUGUACAAGUCCAAGAAGUAAAGCUCCCAGCGUGGUGGCACUGAAAGUGGAGGGGGGAUACCAGCUCCCAAGUGCAAUCCCUCGCAAGCCAAUCACUUCCAGCUGCUCCGGCUACGUUUGUUUGUUUGUGUGUAGAGAUACGUUGCUUGAACCAUCGAGGCAUGCUUCAUUCCGAGUGAUUUCCUGUAUGAAUGCACAUAUGAAUACAUCUGGAAAUUAUAUUCUGAUGUUCUCUUUUCUUGAGUGAACCGAAUCUCUCACCCUGUCU